GUACCUUACAAUAGAUUGCCUUUUCGUCGACAUUAAGCUUUGUUUUGUUGGCAAUCAUCCAUGCCGAAGUUACCUUAAGCAAAGAACAUGGCCCUUCCACAUACAUUUUAGUGCAAACUAAGCUGACUUGGCACCAGGCUAAGACAUACUGUAGGUCCAACUACACAGACCAUGUCAGUGUCAGGAACAUGUCUGAGAGCAAUCACAUCUCCUCACUGCUGUCAGAAUACACCUGGAUCGGUCUCCGCAGAAAGCCCUGGGCUUACUGGUCUGACCAGAGGCCCACAACCUUCACUAACUGGAACGAGGGACAGCCCAACAACAAUGGAGACACUAUGACACCAUGUGUCGCGGUCAACAUAACCACAGGAACGUGGUGGGAUGUUGACUGUAAGGCAGAGCACUAUUUUAUCUGUCAAAGUGUGCCUCAUCCACAGCACAAAACAACAUUCAAGUUAAAGUUCCAAUCUGAGGCUGAUCUGAAUGAUCCUGCAGUUCAGCAGCAGAUGUUAGAGCAGAUGCAUGCUAAGCUGGUGAAACAUGGAUUACCAGACUUUAAACUCUGCUGUAUUCAGACGGAUGGGCAGACUUUUCACAAGGAACAAAAGAGGAAGAAAGAGGAAGGGCCUGGUGGCUGAGCUGUCAUUGUGCAGAGGACAUCAUGGUCUUCUUACAAAUUUACACUCAGUUUGCGUUUUACUACGUAUUUUCUACACCAUCAGUGGUAAUAAAUGGCUUUUGUGUAUUUAUGUAUUUGGUUGCAUACUGUGUAGCUACAGUACAUCAUAUAUCAUUUGUAUGUGUUGUUGCAUCAAAAAAAACUUUUCUGCUUGUGACUUCAGUGAGGUUUGAAAUGAGUAUGAAAAAUAUAAACAUGUUUUGUUUAUGACAUAUUUAAAUGUUUUAUGAGUGCUUGCAGAGUUUUUUGACAUUCGAAACUUUUAAUGCUUGAUGUUUAGCAGUCUUUUUCUUGCUUUGAAAUUUGUGAUCCUGUUAAUGAUCAGCAUCAUAGUUAACAUUUAGUUGUGAUUCUUAGCAAUGAAUUUCUUACAAUGUGUUUUAUCUUUUGUUUGUAGCAAAGGCCUAUUUUAUUGUGUGGUUUCCUGCCUGCGUAAUGUGUGUAGAAAAGAAAAUAUCUGAUUUUGCAUGUCACUACAGGCCAGUCAUUGGUUUUAAUAAUGAAAGAGU